AUGGACCUUGUCCAGAAGGUCGAGGACCUCACGAGCCUUGACGAGGACAUCCACUGGUUCUGUCCGCGAGCCAAGGACGACGAAAAUGCCAUCUACUACGACGAAGACUUUGGCGGUCUCGAGCCCGACGAGACAGAAGAGGAGAAGGCGCUGAGACUGGAUCAAGUAAAAGAGGCCGUGGCGAGGAAAGAGAAGGCGCUGUUGGCAUGUCAGAUCAUUGCGUUUGACGGUGAUGAUGCCAGACCAUAUCAGGAGAAGUUGCAACGACAUCUCCAAAAGCAGUUGAGGCGCUGCGACAUUUGCAUACGAGAGUUUCACCGCUCGAGAACGUGGUUACGAGAGCAGCUGGAGAACGAUUAUCCACCCGAAGACGUCCAGGCAUUCAUGCACAAGUUUGACUCGCUGAAUACCGAUCGCAUCGUGGCAGGUCUGAACAACCUCGCCGAGACGCUUAUGGACCUGCCACCCGAGGAGCGGAAUAUCAACAAUGCCGGCAAUGAGGGUGUGUAUGCCCUGUUCGAAGCGUUGCAUUGCAAGCCGUUUCUGAAUAGCGAAGAACUGCUCAAGGCCGUCUUUGACAAGCCCUUUCGGUUGGUGCAAACCAAGAAGAAGGUGACUUUGGCAAAUGUACCCCCUGGCAUGGUUACUUUUCUCUUCUCUGACAACCAAGAUCGCUAUCUCUGGGCUGAACGCAAUUGCAACAAACUCAAGCGCACCCUACUGGCCAAUGAGUUUGAGCACAGUGUCAAGCCUUUUCUGCAACCCGCAGCAGGACGAGUGCACAUCACGCAGCUUGAACUCGACUUCUUGCCACGAUUUUGGCGGGCCACUCGCAUGAUAGUGUCCAAGCUCGACAAAUCGUUGAUUACGAAUCACCUCCGUGCCAUGGAUAUCAACUUGUAUACACUGUCCUUGGAACACUUUCAGCUCGAGGCGUCGCACUUCAUCGACCAACUCAAUACUUACAAGAUGUUGCUUGAGAUUGCUCCUGAUGACUUCUGGGAUGCUAUGGGUCCCGCGUCCCCGCAGAAUGUCGUGGAUACAAUCUGUAGGGCUCCUAGGUUCGAGCGCCUGUUGAAGGUUCCAGAAGAGCGACAACACGGUCCGUACGAGUACCUCAAGCAGCAGAUGGCGUGGGUCAACGCAUUCACCAGCAGCAUCAAGCCGGCCAACCUGGUGCAGCCGUUGCGCACAAUACUGGAUCUCUUCUUGCACAAGUAUCAGGGCGAGGAGUACCCACAUUCCACGAGUAGAGUUACGUGGGAGAUAGGUCUCUCUUGCCUGCUGGAGGCCAUCAACCGUGUUGCUAAGGUUGUUGAGGGUGGACCCGUUUAUACGCACCUGGUUGAAGCAGUCGCGAAGGACCACAUUGACGUUAUCCUCGAGGAGCUUGAGGGUAUCGAGACGAAGACCGAGAUGCAGGUGACGCCUACUCAGAUGCUCGGCCUGCAGAUUGUCGAGAACGUGCUCGCUCUGGACGUGAAGGGCUUGAAGAGAGACCGCCGCGUCAUCGAAAAGACGAUGGAUCUGGACCACGAGAUUGGGGUUACCAGUCAGAAGGUAUGGAAGACCAGCAUGCAGCACAUCAAGCCUGGCUAUCCUGUGCUCGUCAUGUCCGUACUAUCCGGUCUUACUGGUCUCGUCGAGCUGGAGACGAUUCCUGCCAAGAUCGUCAAGUCCGCUCCCAAGCAAGCAGAAGCCUGGAACAGCGCGCUGGAGAGAGUGCAUGGGUACAUAACCACUGACCUUCUGGACCGCAUUGACUCGUUCGAACCCGAUCAGUUGGUCGACUUGUUUCAGGAGGCUUCGGCAGUUCGAGGGGUCAUGUCUCUGCUCUUCAACAGCAACGACCAGCUUCACAACUCUGCCCUGGGUCUCCUCAAAACGCUGAGUGGGGAAGACAGCAGACGAGACAGUAUCAUGCACGUUGUACAGAUAUUCUUCGGUACGGCGCUUGCGGCUGUGGCCAACACCCUCAAGCUUGUGUCUGAUGCCAAGGUCUUCGGGCCUUGUAUAGUUCUACUCAAGCUAUGCAGGGACAUCUACAGCUGUCUUUGCGAUUCUCAAGAUGGCAUACUCCGAACCAAGACACUCUCAAACAACGCCGAUGUAUCUGCGCUUCGUGUGUUCUGGGUCCGAACUUGGGGUGUGCUGGAGACCAUCUUCGAGCAGACUGAAACUUGGAGUAGUCAAGGCUAUGAUAAGACUGUCAUGCAGGAUUUCUGUCGCGAGACGAUGGACUUUGCUGACUUUGCUUUCGACCAGUACUCAAUUAUCGCCGGUACGCUUGAAAGCAACAGCAAGCAAGGCGACUUGGACGUGGGAAAGCAGCUUCUCCAACAGCCCAGCAGCACAUUCAGGUUCAUCACGAAGUGGCUGAGACUUCGUGAUGAUUAUCUCAUCACUAAGGCAGUCAGUCUGACAGGCAAGAUUCUGACCCGACUGCACGCUGUUGGCAUCAAAGUUUCGAUUAGUGCUGCGCAGUACGUCGAAGACAUUGUCACCAGCGCAUCGGUCAGAGAUGCCAAAGUUAAGACUAAACUUACAAACCAGCACAAGGCGGAGCUACAGCGAGCACUGGAAGAACACCUCGGUGGUGCUCUAUCGUCUUCCCUGGAGUCUGUCGGUGCUCCUCGGAAGAAACAAAGCUCAUUGCAAGGCUGGGCUACUCCCGGAGAGAGCCGAUCCGGCUCCACCACACCCAUCACCACAGCGAAGCCAAGGGGUGUCAUUGAUCUCGAGAAAUGGUCCAGUGCCGCAGACCGCAAGAACAAGGCACCAAUGCAAAAGCUGCCCAGCCUGGCAACGCAGAGGGCAGCGCAAAAGCAGCAAGAUGACCAGAAGAACUUCUUGCUCAAGCGAAAGCAGGCUCUGGCAGAGCAGGAGAAACAAAAGCAAGCCGCUCUGGCCAAAGCUAAUCUUGGCGCAGGCAGUGGAGUAGCUGGCAUCGGAAACUACGGCAAAGAUCAUUCUACUGCCGGGCAAACUGUCAUGGUUGAUGAUGCCGACCUGGACUCUGAAGAAGGAGAUGAAGAUGAAGACCUCGACGACGACCUCUUUGGCGACAGCAAGAAGCCGAAGAAAGCCCAACGCCCACAGUUGGAUGUCAGCGGCACGACUGGUCUGAAGCCGGAGGUCAAGAAAGGACCAACUCGCAUUCAGAGAUCCGCUCGCUCCUUUAAGGACAUGCGUGCUCGUCUCGCGCCCGAUCUAGGGCCACUUCACCGGGUGAUACUGGGAUGGGACUUCUUCCAUGAAGGCGACUUCCCUCCACGAUCGAACGAGAACGACUUCUCCGCCGUCGCCAACUCGUUCACCAAUCCUGUCACAUACCAAGAGACGUUCGAGCCGCUGCUCCUCCUCGAAGCUUGGCAGGGCAUGGUCAAGUCGCGAGAGGAGAACAGUUCGAAGCCGUAUGAGAUCAAAGUCCAGAACCGCAGCAAUGUGGACCAAUUCAUCGAGAUUAGCAGCAUGAUCAGCCAUCAAGACAAUCGAGACUUGUCGCUUCAAGAGGGCGACAUAAUUUUGUUCUCGAAGGCCAAGAAACCUGCAGACCAACCGGAAUCGCCAAACUGUCUCGCACGAAUCUACCGUGUGAAGCGACAAAAGGCCCACCUCGAGAUCGUCUACCAGCUCAUGUCGAGUAAUAAGCUUGCUCCGCAACUGACAAUGCAGACCAUCAUCUACGGGCUCAAGGUUCAGAGCAUCACUCCACUGGAACGCGAAUACGGCGCACUCAAAGGUCUACAGUACUAUGAUCUCUGCAAUCAAAUUGUGAGAGCUAAGCCGUCUCCGCGGAUUACGUUCAGCGAUCGGCAGAUCUCGCAACUGCAGGAUGUCUACAACCUGAAUAAAGCUCAGUCGGAAGCUAUCAAUGCAGCGCUCGAGAAUGAAGGCUUCUCCUUGAUUCAGGGUCCGCCAGGAUCUGGCAAGACGAAGACCAUUGUCGCGAUCGUUGGCGGAUUGCUUUCCCAGACUUUGGGCAGCAGCACCGUUGGAGCGACCAGAAUUUCGAUGCCCAAGGCCAAUGGCAACACUAAUGUUCUGGGAGAUGCUCCCUCGAAGAAGCUCCUGGUCUGCGCACCUAGCAAUGCUGCCGUAGACGAGCUGGUUAUGCGUCUAAAGGAAGGUGUCAAGACCAAAUCAGGUGCUCACCACAAUAUCAAUGUGGUUCGUAUUGGUCGCAGCGAUGCCAUCAAGCACGAAGUUCAGGACGUGACGAUCGAUGAGCUGGUUUCCAAGAAGCUGGGCAACUCACAGAUGGACACGAAGCAGCGCGAAAAGAAUGCUGAGAUUUUCAAAGAGCACGAGCAAGUUUCCGCAAAGCUGCGAGAACUCUAUGAUCGACGGAAUGCGUCUGACAAAAGAGAGAACAAACUCGAGCCGGCACAGCGCAAGGACCUGGAAGACAGCAUUUCCGCCGUCAAGCGCCGGAAGGCUGAGCUUGGCACACGCAUUGAUAGCGUCAAGGACCAGGAACGCAACGCUGGCCGAGAGCAAGAACUCAAUCGCAAGAGAGCGCAGCAGGCUGUGCUUGACGAGGCACAUGUCAUUUGCGGCACCCUAAGCGGUAGUGGACACGACAUGUUCCAGAGCUUGAACAUCGAGUUCGAAACCGUCAUCAUCGACGAGGCAGCUCAGUGUGUUGAGAUGAGCUCGCUGAUCCCACUGAAGUACGGAUGCAUCAAGUGUAUUAUGGUCGGCGAUCCAAAACAGCUUCCGCCCACUGUCUUUUCGAAAGAAGCUGCCCGGUUCCAGUACGAGCAGAGCUUAUUCGUGCGAAUGCAGAACAACAAUCCCGAUGAGGUACAUCUACUGGAUACGCAGUACCGUAUGCAUCCCGAUAUCAGUGUAUUCCCGAGCUGGACGUUCUACGAUGGCUUGCUCAAGGACGGGAACGGCAUGGCUGCUCUGAGGACGCAGCCGUGGCACGACAGCGCUUUGCUUGCGCCAUACCGCUUCUACGACGUUCGGGGUCAACACCAGUCUGCUCCAAAAGGUCACUCGCUCAUCAACAUCCCGGAAAUAGAUGUGGCGAUGGCGCUCUUCGACCGAUUGAGGACCGACUACAGCAACUACGACUUCACAGGCAAAAUCGGCAUCAUCACGCCGUACAAGUCGCAGCUGCGGGAGCUCAAGAGACGCUUCACUGACAAAUACGGGUCCCAGGUCGAGGAGAUCAUCGACUUCAACACCACAGAUGCCUUCCAAGGUCGUGAGAGUGAGGUCAUCAUCUUCUCCUGUGUGCGUGCCUCACCAGCGGGUGGCAUUGGUUUCUUGCAAGACAUUCGUCGCAUGAACGUCGGUCUCACACGAGCAAAGUCAAGUUUGUGGGUGCUUGGUAAUUCCGACAGUCUGGUACGUGGACGAUACUGGAAGAAGCUGGUGGAAGAUGCGCAGGCCAGAGACUGCCUCACAACUGGCGAAAUCAUGAGCAUGCUGAAGAAGCCAUCCAGUGCAUUCCCAGCGAGCAACUACUCCUCAAACACUCGUUCCAUGCUGGAUGUUAACGCACAUGUGGCACAAAUGAGCAACGAAGCCGAGUCGAGGCGAUCUUCUGCAAGUGUUGCUGCAAAUGGUUCAAGGAAACCUACACCAACCCCUGUCGUGAAAGCAGAACCCCAUAUCAAGACAGAGCCUCAAGUCAAGACUGAGCCCGCUGAUCCGGACAGAAUGGACGGGGUGACGUACAAGUUUGAAGAUAUACUGAAGGCUAAGAAAGCUGCAAGCCGCGAAUCUUCAGAGAAGAAGCCGUCCGACGACGUCGACAUGGAGGAUGCCGACGGUACUCCGAACAUGACAGCUGACGGUCGUGCUAUGACCCCAAUCAGCAACACCAACGGUCCGCGCAGCGCGUCUGGCUCGCGGGCUGAAACACCCUUAUCUGCGACGGGAGAUGAGGGUGCAAAUGGCACUGCGCCUGGCGCUGCAACCAAACCUCGUGGUGCGGUGGUGCAGCAAGCCAAGCCCUUCGUGCCGAAGAAGAGACCAGCUGCCGCCAGUCCGUUCAUGCCAAAGAAGCCACGAGCGCCUCCGCGAUGA